AUGCCUAGCUCGAGCGUGUCACUUGCUCAUCUGGGUAAUGGCUCAAAACCUUCCUCUCUUCCAUCUGACUCUAAAAGUGCCUUUUGCAACCUCAGGGAUGCAAUGGAAACUUGCAUUCAGCACGAAUCGUAUUACACUGACGCCGAAGGAACCAAGGAUAGACUGUUGAACUUGGAAAUACAAUCACGAGAGUUGUCUGAGCAGCUUCAGCAGAAAAGUCUGGUCGUUGAAGAUCUCGUGCUGAAAUUUGAGAAGUCAGGAGAAGAGAAGGCAAAACUCCGGAACGAAGCAAACGUCCAAAGCGCCCAGCUACAAGGAAUACAAAAGCAACAACACCUACUAACUCAGCAGAUUGAGAAGACGGAAGUGUCGCUCGCGAAAGCGAUUCAAGCCCUCGAAAAUGAGAAGAUCCGUUCUGGAAAGCUGCAGGAAAUGUUGAAGUCAAAGGAAGUGGAGCUGAGAGAAUCACUUACUUCGUCGAAAAGCUCACGAGAGGAACUACGAAAGUGGCAAUCUUAUAAAUCGACUCUUCUUGAAGUCGACUUAGACAGAUUUCGGGAGGGCAUCUCAUCUAUUUGGAGAGAUACCGCAGAUAUGUCAGAGAAGUACUUCCGAGCCGACAUUCCUCGCAUAUUCCUCGAGAGACAGAGCGGCUGGCUUGACCAGGCACAAGCAAUAUACGGGGAGCAACCACUUCCUCCAAUACCAGCGUCGAACUCCGAUGUAGCGAAGGAUGUUCGUAUGGCGAUUGCCCUUGCCGUCUUUUCAAGCCUUGUAUCGAUGCAUUUACUACAGACUACAUACAUCGAAGGUGGCAAGCUUGAGCUACACGAUAUCCUUCUAGACAAAGCAUACUCAAACGACGAGGCAGAAUCACUAUGCCGCGCACUCCUAUUAUCCAUCUCGGACUUCAACAACCAUGACCCCUGUAUCAACUCUGCUACAGAUGCCAUCUACAACGGGUUCUCCAUCUUUGCAAACAAGCUGCUCGGACCCACCGAGUAUAAGAACUGCAUGACCGACAUACAGUUGCUUCUAAGUCGAAUCAUGGAUCUAUGGCAAGACGUACAGCGCAGUACGGUCAAGGUGGAUGCUAGCCGUCAUCUCGGAGAGACUUCCGAAUGGUCGAGAUUUUCAAGUGGUACUAUGGUCAAGGCUACACAGACAGCUGCGUCAAGAGACACGAUGCCAAACGAUGUCGUACUUGUGCUUUUUCCUGGAUUCAUUAAGACUUGCACGGGCCGGCGAGAAAUGCUUUUCCCGCGUAUGGUCCUGACAAGGUCGCAGAUCAUCAGUGCCGAGGCAGAAGCACAGGCUGAAGCUGAUCAAGCCAUCCCCAGGCCUCAGAAAGGACAGUCUCGGGGCAGAAGAAACAGUAUUUUGGGAAAGAGUCUGUUUUUGGGAGUUGCAUGA